AUGUCUGUUGGAUCGCAACUUUACGAGUCGCUAAAGAAAGAAUUUAAUUCUCUUAAUCCUAACCUCCAAAAAUGUGGCACACAUCUUGCAAAACUCAAGAUUUCUUUAUCUGAAAUGUCACUUUUGUUUCCUGAAGGUGAAAUUCCCAACACAGAAGAAUUGCUUAUCGCACGUGAAAUCCUCGAAAUCGGAGCAUAUUGGAGUGUCCAAGUGAAGGAUAUUCCAUCCUUUGAACGUUACAUUGCUCAAUUACAAACAUAUUAUAAUGAUUACAGUUCUCUAUUGCCUCCAUCCCCAAAAAUGUACCCAUUGAUCGGUCUCAACCUACUUCGACUGCUCUCUCAGAAUCGUAUCGCAGAAUUCCAUACCGCACUAGAGAACAUUGAUCCACAACAACUCCUGGAGAAUGUAUACAUUAAACAUCCAGUACACUUGGAACAAUAUUUAAUGGAGGGUAGUUACAAUAAAGUGUGGAAUUCGCGGGCUGAAGUCCCUGCUGCUGAAUAUUUAUUCUUUAUCGAUAUAUUAAUGGGGACGAUCAGAAACGAAAUUGCUAGCUGUAGUGAGAAAGCAUAUUCUAGUUUACCUUUGGCCGACGCAGAAACUUUACUUUUCUUUAACAACAGUCUUCAUGAAGUAAUGAACUUUGUACAUGAGCCUGCUGAAAACAAAAUAUACUUUACGACAAAGGAUGAGAAUAAAAUAGAAAUACCAUCGACUAGCAUUAUUCAAAAUACGCUUAAUUAUGCAAGUGAAUUGGAACAGAUUGUAUAA